AUGUACAGCCUCAAAAAGCCAUUGAAACGCGAUUUGAAACAGACAUCCAUUGAAGACUUCAUUGUCAGGAAGAGGUAUAACAACCACAACAACGACAACACGGAUCACAUCACACAACACACCGACCACUCUAUGGACACACCGUUGGCCACCACUUCAGACACCACUUCAGACACCACUUCCCUCCGGCCACCAUUAACAAUUAUCGCCCAAUCGACCGCCGGAACCGAUGACAACGAGACGAUAGGUCUAAUAGAACUGAGCGAUUGGUCCCAAACCAGUGAUAUAUCGGAAGUACCCGAAACGCCGCCGCAGAUGAUUGUCCACCACUUGUCUGACUCCGAAGACGACGACAUCGAAGACAUGGAAGAGAUGUUUGGGUUGAACCGAAUGCCCGACUGUUUGCUUCCGAUGUCUUCGUCUUCAUUGAGAAGCGAUUGCAAACAUCAUGUCUUAUAUAGAGUUCCCAUCGAAGGUCUGAUGACAUUAGUUCCCAAACCAUAUCCGGACACCUAUUCAGACAAAUGGGACUCAAGACACGUGAAAAUGCCAAACAGUCCUCACAAUCAGAUAACGGCUGUUCAGACGGUCGACGACCGGGAAGUGAAGACACAACUCUGCAAAUGGGAGUUAAUUCAGGAAAACCUAUUGUCAGACAUCAAGUCAUUUGAACAGUUGGAAGAAGCGAUUAAGACAUACAACCCUUUUAUGGAAAGACAUGGUUUCGAUGUCUUGUAUGAGUUCUUUAAUGAUAACUGCACUGAAGAGGAGAGAAAACAAUUCUUUGACGACAUUUUGCCGCAAAUGAUUCAAUUAGCGCUUCGAUUGCCGCAAAUUGUCACUCAAUCGGUUCCGCUGUUAAGGCAAAGACAUAACUCGACGUUAUUCUUAAGUCAAGAGCAAAUCGCAUGUCUUUUGGCGAACGCUUUCUUCUGUACUUUCCCUAAAAGAAGUGAAUUCAACAAAGAAUACAAAACUUAUCCAAUUAUUAACUUUUUGGGAUUGUUUUCGAGUUUCGGUUCUUCUAAAUACAGCAAAUCCAACACCAAAAUAGAGAAACUCAAGUGUUUUGUCAAUUACUUUCGAAGAGUCACUAAAGAGAUGCCCAAAGGAGUCGUCAGUUUCGAGAGGAGAUCACUAAUGGAAGAAGAAGUGCCCGUUUGGCACAACUCUAACAAAUCGAUCCACAAAUUGGUUGUAUUGAAGAAUGGCUUCAUAGAGACGGAAGGCGAGGGUCUAUUACAAGUGGAUUUCGCCAAUCGGUUCUUAGGCGGAGGUGUUCUCAGGAAGGGCUGCGUUCAAGAAGAGAUCCGAUUUGCCAUUUGUCCCGAACUAUUGAUUUCUCGAUUGUUUACCGAAGAAUUGCUUAACAAUGAAGCGGUUAUUAUUAGCGGUUGCGAACAAUUCAGCACUUAUUCUGGUUAUGCAAACACUUUUGAAUGGACUAACGAUUACAAAGACAACACCUCUUAUGAUGAGUGGGGCCGUCGGUUGACACGAGUCGUGGCCAUCGAUGCCAUUCGUUUUGAGAGUCGCCAAAAGCUCACGCAAUACGAGACCCAAAGGUUUGAACGCGAACUCAAUAAAGCGUUUUCCGGAUUUCUUGACCGAAGAGAUUGCGAUCCGAAACACAAGUGUGGCAUCGCUUCUGGCAAUUGGGGCUGCGGUGCAUAUAAUGGCGAUCCAAACCUUAAAGCCAUUAUUCAACUGAUGGCCGCUUCGCAAGCGGACAGAGAUUUAGUGUAUUUUACUUUCAAUGACAAUGAAUUGAAAAAACGUUUGAAAAAGUUUUACAAUUUUAUAAUUAGUAAUGACUUUAAAACAUCUUCACAAAGCAUUACUAUUAUAUCAACAAACCAUUGA